GCAGGGGGCUCAGACAGAAAAAGAGGAACCCGAAUGAGCUCAAAGAAAGAAAUAAUGUGACUUCUACGUCAGGCGCUUUCUGGGCGGAUUUCGUCUUUCUUCAUUUCUUGUAAACUUUCUUGACUAAACGCUGUCGACGGCUUCUUGUAUCAAACCUCCAGUGAGCAUCUGACAGCCUCUUGCCUACAGCUUUGAGAUGGACGGGUGUGAGGAGACAGAGGAGGGAUGCUCUCCCUCCAAACUCCCUCCGCAUGAGGCUCAAAGCCCGGAGCGGCGGUGUAGGCCAGACUGUCACGGACCUGCAUCCAGCUGCGUGUCCUUCAAGUCCAUGGAGCCGCCUUUAGUGUUUGCAGUGCAGCUUCCAGCAGAGACCGAGGUUCGGGAAGUUCCCGGUGACCCGUCCAUCGGCCAUCCUCAGAUGGAUUUGGAAUCCACAUUUGUGCAUCUUGAGGAAAUCAUUGUCGCCUUUGCCAAGAGCGAGCUGAAGACGUUCCAAAAAGCUCUUACCCAUGAUCACCCAAAGGGCCUAAAUGGGCGGAGUGAGGAUGAGGAGGUGUUGGAGGAUGAGGGGAAAGAAAAGAGGAGGAGCAGCAGAGAGGCCUUUCUGAAGAUCACACUGCACUUCCUGAGGAGAAUGGGGCAGGACGAGCUGGCUAAGUCUCUGCUGAGCAUAUACUGUCAACGUCAACUCAAAUCCAAGCUGCGGAACCAGUUCCAGUGUGUGUUUGAGGGGGUCGCUAAAGCGGGAAGUCCAACUCUUCUGAAUCAGAUGUACACAGAGCUCUACGUCAUAGAGGAAGGGGCAGCUGGGGUCAACGAUGAACUUGAGGUCAGACAGAUUGAAACGACAUCCAGGAAAGCAGACAGAGCAGAAGAAACAAUCAAGUGUGAGGACCUCUUCAAACCCUUUCCUCGAAGACUAAAACCGGUCAGAACCAUGGUGACAAAGGGAGGGGCCGGAAUUGGAAAGACUGUCUUGACUCAGAAGUUCUCCCUGGACUGGGCUGAAGAUGAAAACAACCAGGAUAUACAACUCAUAUUUCCAUUCACGUUCAGAGAGCUGAAUGUGCUGAGAGAGAAGAUGUUCAGCUUGGUGGGACUUGUUCAUCACUUCUUCAGUGAAACCAAAGAAGCAGAAAUCUGCAGGUUGGAAGAGUUUCAGGUUCUGUUCAUCUUUGACGGUCUGGACGAGUGUCGACUUCCUCUGAACUUCCAGGAAAAUGAGAUCCUGACUGAUGUCACAGAGUCGGCCUCAGUGGACGUGCUCCUCACAAACCUCAUCAGGGGGCAUCUGCUUCCCUCUGCUCGCCUCUGGAUCACCACACGACCUGCAGCAGCCAAUCAGAUCCCCCCUGAGUGUGUUGACAUGGUGACAGAGGUCAGAGGGUUUACCGACCCCCAGAAGGAGGAGUACUUCAGGAAGAGAUUCAGGGAUGAGAAGCCGUCGAGCAGGAUUAUCUCCCACGUCAAGACCUCACAAAGCCUCCACAUCAUGUGCCACAUCCCAGUCUUCUGCUGGAUCACCUCUGCCGUUCUGGAGGAUGUGAUGGACACCAGAGAGGGAGGAGAGCUCCCCAAGACACUGACUGAGAUGUACAUCCACUUCCUGGUGGUUCAGAUCAAACUGAAGAAGGUCAAGUAUGACGGAGGAGUUGAGUCGGAUCCACACUGGAGUCCAGAGAGCAGGAAGAUGAUCGAGUCUCUGGGAAAACUGGCCUUUGAUCAGCUGCAGAAAGGCAACCUGAUCUUCUAUGAAUCUGACCUGACAGAGUGUGGCAUCGAUAUCAGAGCAGCCUCCGUGUACUCAGGAGUGUUCACACAGAUCUUUAGAGAGGAGAGCGGGCUGUACCAGAAUAAGGUGUUCUGCUUCGUCCAUCUGAGUGUUCAGGAGUUUCUGGCGGCUCUUCAUGUUCAUCUGACCUUCAUGAAAUCUGGUGUCAAUCUGAUGUCAGAAGAAGAAUCAAAGCCCUGGUGGUGGUUUCUGUUCAGAACAAAGCCAGAACCAGCAGAUAUCUACCAGGGUGCUGUGGACAAGGCCUUGAAGAGUCCAAAUGGACACCUAGACCUGUUCCUCCGAUUCCUCCUGGGUCUUUCUCUGCAGACCAAUAGAAAUCUCCUACGAGGUCUGAUGACACAGACAGGAAGAAGCUCAGAGUCCAAUCAGAAAACAGUCGAGUACAUCAAGAAGAAGAUCAGCGAGAAUCCGUCUCCAGAGAGAAGCAUCAAUCUGUUCCACUGCCUGAAUGAACUUAACAAUCGUUCUCUAGUGGAGGAUAUCCAACAGUACCUGAGCUCAGAAGGUCUCUCCACGAAUAAACUGUCUCCUGCUCAGUGGUCAGCUCUGGUCUUCAUCUUACUGUCAUCGGGGGAGGAUCUGCCUGUAUUUGACCUGAAGAAAUAUUCUGCUUCAGAGGAGGCUCUCCUGAGGCUGCUGCCAGUGGUUAAUGCCUCCAACAAAGCUCUGCUGAGUGGCUGUAAUCUGUCGGAGAGAAGCUGUGAAGCUCUGUCCACACUUCUCAGCUCCAGGUCCUCUAGUCUGAGAGAACUGGACCUGAGUAACAACGACCUGCAGGAUUCAGGAGUGAAGCUGCUCUCUGCUGGACUGUGUAGUACAAACUGCAAACUGGAGACUCUCAGGCUGUCAGGCUGUCAGAUCACAGGGGAAGGCUGUGUCUCUCUGGCCUCGGCUCUGACAUCAAACCCCUCCCACCUGGGAGAGCUGGACCUGAGCUACAACCAUCCGGGAGACUCAGGGGUGGAGCUGCUCUGUGCUGGACUGGACGAUCCAAACACGACACUUCACACCCUCAGACUGGACCACCGUGGAGAGCAGUGGUUGAAACCCGGUCUGAGGAAAUAUGCCUGCGAACUCACACUGGACACAAACACAAUGAAUGAACACCUGAAACUGUCCGACAACAACAGGAAGGUGACACACAUGAGAGAGAAGCAGCCGUACCCUGAUCUCCCACAAAGGUUCGACUACUGGUACCAGGUGAUGUGCACCAAGGGUCUUACUGGUCGCUGUUACUGGGAGGUCGAGUGGAGCAGAAGGGUCGAUGUCUCGGUGGCUUACGCAGGAAUCAAGAGGAAAGGAAACAUUGCCGGCUGCAGGUUCGGAGGGAACGUUCAGUCCUGGUGUCUGUUUUGCUCCGAUGACGACGGUUAUGCCGUCUGGCAUGAUAACAGGAGAACAGAUCUCCGUCGUCCCUCCCCCCCCUCCGUCUCCUCAGUCCCUCACAGACUGGGAGUGUAUGUGGACUGUCCUGCCGGCACUAUGUCCUUCUACAGAGUCUUCUCCGACACACCGGUCCACCUCCACACCUUCAACGCCACAUUCACUGAGCCUCUUCACCCCGGGUUUGGUUUCUGGUUGCCCGAUACCUCGGUGUCUCUGUGUCCACUGCAGGAGCGAGAGAGUCCUCCCCCGUCUGGAUGACGAAAAGGAUGGACGGGGUGAAAUGUGCCGGAUGCAUGGAAGCAGCAGCCAUGAUAAAAGUUGGUUGGAUUCUCUAAAUGCAAAGUAAAGGUGCUUCAAUGCUUCCUUGCUUAUUUCCUUUAGCAUAGGGAACACGGCACCACAGCAACCGGUCCACAGCAUUUAAAGCGAGGCUGCUAAACACUUUCCUUGGCUGUUUAAUUGCACAAUAUGGAUACUACAUAGGAAGUGUGACAAAUAAUCCUUGAUUGAGUUGUACAGCCGGGAAUUUGUCAACAGACUUAAAUAAACACCAUAGAGAUAAUUAUUAAGUCCUAAAGGCUUGUUAUAGAGGGGCAAGCCCCGCCCCGUAAUUGUCAGCCAAAUCCGAUGUUUUUUAAGUUCUAACAAAAAAUGCACUAAGAGUCCCAUUUUGUUGAGUAAUCAUAUUUCUGUGAAGAUAUGUAGUAAAGGUGUGUCAGAGUUUCACCUACAACACAUUCACUGAACAUCUGCAUCUUGGAAUUGGGUUCUGGUUUAAUCCAUCAAUGUUUUAUUUACCUUCGCCCUAAAGCAGCUUCCGUUAAGUGUGUUUUGGAAGUUCAAUGUGCAGAGGUCCAACAGCUUCAUGUCCUUCAAAAUCCUUUGCAAAGUCCCUUUUUUUCGUGCAGGAUGAGUCAUCUUUCAAACUAUUUUAACCAAGAGAAAAUAUUUGGAUGAAAAAUACUCCAAAAACCAUUUUUUGCACAUUUAUUUUGCAUAUGUAUUUCAAAAUUAGUUUUUACUUGAAACUCCGUCAUUAUUUCUGUCCAUUUUUCCAAUUCCCUUGAAUGUUUGUAUGCUGUUUGUGAAACUGCACAUGUGCCAUGGUUAUCAAAUAAACUGAUAAAACAUU